AUGACUGUCUGGGCCGCUCUUCCGCUGCUGUUGGGUGCGCAGACGACGGGCAUGGAGCGCGUGCUCAACCAAACCGGCGCGCACGCUGAGAUCGUUUUCGAUCUACUCGAAACUCGGCUGGCUUCGGUUGAUCUUUCGAUUCUUGUGCAAUCGAGUGAUCUCGAGUACCGGCACCAGAUAUCGAGUCUCAUUGACAAGGUCGCGGAUGAUGCGCUGGACCUCAAUCGUGGUCUGCAACAUCUCUCGGCCAAAAUCACGUCGGGCUUUGACAGGAUCUUGUUGACGAACGAACACCUGUAUCAGCUCCUGCGCAACUCUCCUAUCCCCCCUGGUCGCAUGCUCGACGUUCAAUUUUGCUACUCUAGCUCGAAACCACAUGACAACCAGGCAUGCCUCAUCCAGCCUCCUUACCCCGACAUCGCGCGUGCGUACGAGCGCGCCUUGCAGACGUAUGAAGGUGUGCUUCGCGAGCUCAUCCAGUGCAGCGCCGAUUCCCUCGCGAAAGCAGCAGUCCUCGACGCGGACUUGGUUUCGACUAUGAACAUUGUCGCGUGGGAGAAGUUUGGCGUUGACCUGGCUCAGCAGGAGCGGGGUCUAGGGUUGCUGUGGAAGCUCCUAGGCGGCAAUAGGCGGCAUCUCGCGAGCCUGGCUCGCAAUGCCAACAUCCUCAACCGCGUUGGAGACCACAGCGCAAAAACUCUGCGCUACGUCCGGACAAUCCAGGACACGCUCGAAGGCAUGGAGGAACACCUCCAUGAGCUGCGCCUUGUAGCAUCCGGGGCGAUGGUGGCGGAGGCCGCACCGCCGGAGGUCAUUCUGCGAAUGCUUGCCCGAGGUCUCGAGCGCUUGGGGAGCGCGCGCAUUGGCGACUCUGAGCGACAGGUUUCGAAGCUCGUGGAUCCUCUUUAA